UUCUCCAGAUGCCCAUCCGGGUAUCUUGUUGUGCUCGUUUCGGCCCACCCCAGACCGACGCGCACUCGGUUUCUCGAAGGCAGGGUUUAAGCUUUCUUCCUCGAACAGCCGCCGGGAUCUGACCCCAAAACCCUAGCGCCAUGGGAGCCGCCGCCUCUUCCUCUCCCCCGCCUCCCCUAGAGGCAGCAGCCGCCGCCGCCUCUGAUCCUCCUACUCCUCCCCCGGUUUCCGCCGCGCCACCAAGCAAAGACGAUCCCCAGCACUCCGCCACCGGCCCCCCGGCCGGCGGCGCUGCGGGCGGCACGUCGGCCGACGCCGGUGGAGGCGGCGCGGCCGAUGCCGCGGAUACGGUGGUCUUGGACGCAUCCGCGACCGCCGGCGUGGCGGGGGAGGGGGAGGAGGAGCAAGGGGAGUGCGGGUUCUGCCUCUUCAUGAAAGGCGGCGGGUGCAAGGAGGAGUUCGUCGCGUGGGAGAAGUGCGUGGAGGAGGCGGAGGCCGAGACGGGCGGCGUCGACGUCGUGGAGCGGUGCCAUGACGUGACGGCCGCGCUGCGGAGGUGCAUGGACGCGCACGCCGACUACUAUGAGCCCAUCCUCCGAGCCGAGCGCGCCAUGGCCGCGGGCCUCGAGGCCUCUCAGGCCCAAGAAGCCGCCGCCUCCGACUCCGCGGCGCCGGCGUCGGAGGAAGGCCAGAAGAAGCAGGCGGCCGGCGCAGCGGGGCCGCAGUCGGAGAAAGACCAGGUGGCCGAGGUGGCGGUUUCGGAGAAAGAGAGCGGAGAUCCUGCAGCCUGAUUGGGUAAAAAGGCGGUAGCAUCUUCAAUUUUUUGGUGAGGGUUUUGAGCAUGUGCAUUUGAUUUCUUCUUUCGAGUAUCAAUUCAACUGUCAUGAUUGGUGUGAUUGGUGGCUACAUGAAGAUGUUAUUCUUUUUGGUGAAAUCAAAUUAUACGUGUUGCUAGACGAAUUCUAACUGGCAAAUUAUACAGACAUCUCAUGCUUGAAUAACCUGAUGAUUUGAUGGCAUCAAAUUACUUGA